AUUGUUUUUUGACAAAUGUGUCUUAAGUUACUAAGCUCUAACUGGAAUUUUAUUUUUCUAUAAAGUCUAUAAAACUUUCUAACUGAAUAUUAUGUUUGCGUUAUUCUAAAGAAGGUAAUGGGAUAAGAAAAUUUUAACUUUCAUUUUUAUUUUUUCUCUCUCUCUUUAUAAGUUACGCUUUGUCUUGAAAUCCUACAAUUUUCUGAAUCUAAACUGAUUAUUCUUAGUAUUUCAACGUGUUGUUGAAAUAUUAGCGAUUGAUUAAAUAGAAGCUAUUUUUAUAACUAGGUGAUUCAUAUAAUAAAGUAAAAGAGAUUAAUAAUAAUUUAUCAUUUUAAUAGUUAUAAUUUUCCGCGGUUAUUAACCAUCAUUAAACCCACACGUAUACACUAUGACGUCCGAAAAACUUGUUAACAAAACCUCAUUUCGAAACCGAUUUCAUCUGAACAAAAAAUUAAAACAUUAUAUUUUGUCAAUGUGACGUUUGGACGUAUUAUAGUCAUUAAUUUUUCGAAUGUUUUAAAUAGAGCUUCAAUAUGUUGAAAUCUCAUUUCAAUCUAGUUUAUGACGAUGAAGAGCCUAAAGCUGAGGAGGAACAUGAGCAGGAAGCUGAGGAGGCACCGGAAAGUGAAGUUAUUCCUGAAAGGGUUCUCAAGAGGUCGGAGAUCAGCGUCCGGCUCAGUAUGCUCGGGAAAACGGCAGAAGGAGACGGAUAUACAUAUCUGAAGGCGACCCUAACGGCAAUGAAACUAACAGACAUUGUCAGCGUCAAAUUCUUCACACAUCUUAUGUUCUUAGAUGUAUCCGAAAACUAUUUAGAUAAUAAGGCCUUGCAAGCCGUCAGUGAGCUACCAUGUUUAAUAUUUUUACAAGCAGACAAAAACAGAAUUACUUCAGCAGCAUUGAAAAGAAUGAAGUACCUCCAAGUGAUCGUAAUGAACCAUAAUCAAAUAAGCUCGGUUUCUGAUAUAUAUCAAGAUCAAAUUAGUACUAUAGAAAUUGGUUACAACAAAAUACAAAAAGUCGCCUUUCCGUACGGCCUGUUUCAAUUGAAAGUUAUAGAUCUCCGAUACAAUGAAAUAACAGAAAUCACUGGUUUCGAUCUUCCCAAUUUGGACAGUUUAUACCUAGCUGGAAACAAAAUAACAAGUUUGGUCGGCUUAGAGAAAUUAGUAAACUUGAGAAUUCUUCAUGUGCGAAACAAUCCUAUAAAACUGCUGAACGGUUUUGAUGAAGGGCUUAAAAAGCUGACGUAUAUUAACCUGCGCAAUUGUAAGGUGACAACACUAAAACAGGUCAAGAAAUUGAGGGUUCUACCCGCGUUAGAGACUCUGAAUAUGAGAGGGUGUCCGUAUAUGGGGGGUCCGGGCGAGGAAGGUGCGGACGGCGCUGAUGAAGAAGAAGACCCUGAUAUAAGGAUAGAGACGCUGGCAGCCUUACCUCGUCUUAAGCGGAUUAAUAAGGAUCCUGUAUCCCCGGAAGAAAGAGAUGAAGCUAAGGAAAUGAUGACGCAAUGGAUCGAAGAGGGAGAAAAGGAUGAGGAAGAGAUUGAGGAAGAACAUGAAGAGGAAACAGUCCAUGAAGAUUAACUGCUUAAAUGUGGACUUAAUGAGCUGUUGUUGAAGCGAGACGUAGCUAUGCGAAGUGCAGUCGUCUGUCUCGCUCU